GCGUGGAAUUGCUGCAAAUGUUUGUGUUCAUGGUUCUGUGCAGUCUGUAGCUGUUCGUUUUUAUUUCAUAUGGUUGCCCUCUAAAGCAAUGUUUAGUACCUAUAGGAUUCAGCUCCACCGCAUAGCGUCAUGGCCGACUCUCCCAUCCACGAAUGGAUUCAAGAAUGGCAGAGCAUCAAGCCGCUCGAUGUCAAGUCGUACGCGGCCAACCUGAUGGCCGACCAUGAGACCACAGCGGCACUUCUGCGGGUGUUUGAGGACCCCAACCUCCAUCACCUACUGGACGACGUAUGUGGCCAGCUGUUGACGUUUUACCGGUCCCGGGAGCCGAACCUAGUCCACUUCAGUCUACAGUGCCUGCCACCACUGAUGCACGCCUACCUGAACGCAGUGGCCACGCGGAAUCAGAAGACGAGUAAGCCGACCGAGACGCUCCUGCUGGGGAUGUACAACCUGGAGGUAGUCGACGAGCGGGGUCAGCCGCGCGUCGUCUCCUUCCGCAUGCCCACGCUCAUCAAGCAGUCCGUCUACCACAUGCCUCUCCAUAUGGCGCCCUCGAGUCUGACGGAACACUCGCUGUCCCGACUGGAGCUCGGAGACGCCUUCUCCGUCGAGUGGGGACCCCUGCCGCAGGCUCAGCGAAUACGGGCGUCCAACCGACAGCAGGUUCUGUCGGCGCUGAUGACCGUCUACAACCGCUACCUGAGUCAGAUGUCGGAGCCCGCUCUGCAGGCCGCCUGUCGGGCCAUCAUUAGAAUAUGUGGCCAGGGGUUCACGAUGACGGCCCCUCCACUGGACCCGCGACUGACGGUUUCUUCAGACCUCCAGCUGGAGUUUCUGCAUGCAAUAUACUUCAUCAUGUACGAGACGGUCACAGCGGCCGCCACGCAGGCGCUCGAGGCGGUCACCUUCCGGGGGCAGUACGAUGUCAGCGCCAAGGUCACCGUGGCCGCCAACGCCAUGAGGAACUCGCUCAACAUAUCGCCGGCAGGUCUAACAGAUAGCCAGCUGAACCUGACCGAGCUGCCUUCUGUGACGUCACUGCCGGCCGCAGUCAACAAGUUUAUCAUCACCAACGCCUCGUUCCGCACCAAAAAACUGCCAGACGACAUUGAUCCUCCUCCGGAGGACACCACCGACUCGUCAGGACCGGCCAGUGUGGCCCACACGCCCUCACCUGCCGCCACGGCCACCAGCAAACUGCGAAAGGGUAUCCGCAGCAUCAAACGACGCAUCCGGCGCAGUCGCGGCCGGCACGACCACGCGUCCGACCAGGAUCCGGGAGUGGAUCUGGAUCCGAACAGGGAUCCGGCACUGCUGGAGGGAAGCAGUAGUAGUGGGGAGGAUCAUCCAGAGGCGCGUGGAUCCGUGUCGACGGAUAGUUUCCACUGGAUCCUGACGAGAGAGGAGGCAGAGCAGCGCGGCACGUGGCAAACAGAGCUGGGUGACUGGCGGCGGCUCGGUGUGUUCAAAGGCGGCUGGUGGGAUGACCCGUGGACGGGCCGGUCGGCGUCCGAGCCUUCCUCGUCAGGAGUUCCGUACAGGAACUCCGCACGGCCGUCGGUGCAUUUCUCCGACAGCACGCGCGGAGGAGCCUCCAGCAGCUGGAGGACAGCUUCCUCCACUUGGCUGUCGGAGGAAUCCCCCGAUGAACCUCCAGAUGCUGAUAUAACAGCCAACCCCGCGAGUGACGCCUCAGUGAGACCUUCAGCGCCUCCCGCUCCCGACGAGUAUGUAGUCGGAGACCUGGAGCCUCCCUCACCAGACGGAGGCGGGUGCAGUGCGGCAGAGGCCAGCCCGAGCGGCUCAGGAGACGGACGAACCUGCUCAGCUGGAGAGCAACCGUCACCAGCGGCCCUGUCACCGACCAUGGUGGCGCUGGAGCUACCCAACUCGCCCCGCUCAUCACAGACAACCUCGCUGUACAGCGCGUCAGAUGGCGAGGCGUCCUCGGACGAUACAGACAAGUUCCACACAUCCUCACCCUGAUCCUGUGUUCUUCUGUGAUCCUGGCCUACCGAGACGACAUUCCUAUCCAGCCGGGCGCGGCGCACGACGGCGAGCCCCUGUCGGUAAUCUCCGAACAGACCGAGGACGACCAGACGGCCGACGCGCCCGCCGCAAAGAGUCGCCUCAAGGAACGCAAACACCGGCCCGCCGAGCGUGAGCGCAGUGGACCCGACAAGCACGUGACGGCCAUGCUGGCGGCGCUGCCGGGUCUCGUCAAAAAGCGCGGAGCUGAGGAGAAGAAACGACUGGACAGCGGCGGCGAUCGGGCAGCUGAUGGUGUUGUCAGUUCUGGUACCGGCGCCGGCAGCGGAGCGGCCGGAGCUGGCGGCGCCGGCGAGAAGAGCAAGAAGAAGGGCGACUCAAAACGCUCCGGCCGGCGCACAGGCUCCGGCGGGGGCAGCAGCGCGCCCAAUGGCACUCCAUCUAGCGCGCGCAACUCUCUGGCCCUGAACGGUGACGAAGAGUGGCCGCCGGGCCCUCCGCUGGCGCGUCUAGAGCCCGGGGAGCUGCGAGUGGUGAGCUCUGGCUCGGAGAGCGCCACGCCGCGCCGCGAACGUCGCGAGACGGACAGCUCGUCUGUGACCAGCACGGCCUCGGACGAGGCGGUGGGACACGGUCGAUCGGAGCCCGCGGUCGUGUACUCUGUGAGGAGGGAGUCACUGGCGGUGACGGCCAACGCGCGCACCACUGAUGUGUAGGAAGAGAUGAGAGGCAGGGCAGGUGUGUAGGCCAGUGCUAGGUGGGUAGACUGGUAGCUAGCAGUCAGGUACCGAGUCUGAAUGGGUCGUUAGUGAAUUUGCGUAAUCGGUGUGAUUUGUUGAUUUUUGGGGCGUGUGCUGGGCAGCGCUAACGUACACGGUCGGAUGUGCCAUCCGGGCAGCACCAGUGCCUCGGCUCGGUGGUCUAGGAGGAGGUUCACAUUCCUGCCUUUGCGUGUGUCACUCGCGAGCGUCACGUUAUGUGACGUCACUGUUACGUCAGCGUCACGUUACGCCCGCCGCGCAGGUUCGCGUCGCGUCACAAGCGUGCUGAUACGUUGGGUGUUGUUGGCACCCAGGCUGAUCGUUGACCGUAUGGAUCCCAUACCCGAGCUAUGCAGUGAGACACCCAGAUAAGUCAGUGUUGGUUAGAUGUGGUUAGUUGUUGCUCACCCGUCGGUAUGCCCUUCAGUACGGCGCUAUUCGACGCUGUGCCAGGGACGGGUGCCGUUGUGAGUUUGACUGGUGAUAUUAGGCCACGUUCUGUUAUCGACGGAAUUGUUUGCGGUGGUGCUCAGAAGUAGAUAGCCAAAGAUAGCGUGGGGUGCCGGGGGACGCGCGACAACACUGACAAUAAUCAAUGGGACCUUAGUGCACCUGUACCACUGCUAGAACAAGUCCGAACGGUCACAGCUGGGGUCGCUAAUCGUUUGCCUUCCGCUAGACCGCUGAACAAACUGUCAGUUCCGACCGUAACUCGACACUCCAACACAGGCGCCGUGAGGCGUCUGCCGUUUUCCGUUAUUACCUUUACCUACCCGCUGUUGAUAUUCGUUGUUAUCACGUGUGCAUGCGAAUCGCGUUAUGCAGGGAAUCACGUGUGAGUGCCUGCGCGUGUAAGCAUAUAUCCUUCCAGUUGUGCAGUAUGCAGUGCCGAACCGUUAAUGGGUCACAGUCGCGAGGCAACCGGCGCUGGGGGAGCGCCCGUCCCGCGACUCGCGCCACCCGACCGUGCAUUAUCUACAUCGGCGUUUUGCGUGUGUAUCUCUGUGUACUCGUUGUGUCCCCAAUCUUCCAGAGGCGGGUCGCGGCGGCUGGCCGCUGUCGCCCCCCACCGGCUGGAGACAGACUGACGCGUCCGGUCAGGGUUCAGGGGGCAGAGGGCGACCGUCCCAGAGAGGCGGUGAUGCACUUUGGUCAGCGACAUCAGCAAUAUGAGAGCAGCGAGCGGAGUUUGUCGAUGAUCGAUCGUUUUCAGUUAUAUGAUUAUUCUGAUUGGUUUGCGCUUGUUAUGCACUGAUUUGUGUGAUAAUUUGCCUAUCUGCCCCGGCAGUAUAAAGUGGUGAUAUGUCGACCAUGCUUGGUACCUUUCCUUGAUCACUAUAUUUUAUUAUUUGCCAUAUCUUUCCACUCUCUGUGAGCGGAUUUAGCCAUCAUUUGUGUGAUUUAGUUGCAGCGGGGUAAUCAGGGGCCGGUGCCGGUCUGCCAUUCUCGGCUUCUGGUCGCGGUAGCGCGGUGCGGCGGUCGCUUGGGUCGGGUCUUCAGCAGCAGCUGCAGUGCUCUCGUCGUGUAGCCGAGUUACACACAUCGUGUUUAGCCUCCGGCGCGCGGCAGCCGGCUCAGAAAUAAUGCCUCCCAGCCGUGACUUCAUCUAUAUGUUGCCAAUGGGUGCCGAUAAUACACCCUACUGUAUCCAGA